UACACACCGAGUUUCCAUGGAAGGGACCAGUUCUCUUGUCAGUUUAAGUAAUGUAUAAGUGACGAAUCGGAGGCAUGUUACCAUAAAAGCGGUGGCCUACAUAAAAUCAUACCUAUGCAUGAUAGCCCAGAACCCCGCCAAUUCUUGAAAUGACGCAGACUUUCCAGCCUCAGUACAACCAACUAAUUGGCCAUUGGCAGCACUAUCAAACGAAUCGUCCCAUGCUACAGUGCUUCGAUAUCUUCUAUCUCUGCAAGUCUCCAUCGAUACGUUCGAUAUUGUCAAGUUACACAUUUGAUCGAGCCAUAUGUCUAUGACCAUGGCAGAGAUCCUUACCCGCCUGACAUCUCUGCCUCCCCGUUCACAAUCUCCACACGGUGUGCAUAACGAGCAAUAUGAUAGCCAAAUCCGUGACCUCAUUUCCUACCUUAGGCACCCCGGCAAGCCUUCUGACAUUGCAAAUGCUAGUCAGUAUCUUUUAGAUAAUCUUGACCCAUCAGAGCACUCCCUGUCAUAUCUCUAUGUGCUUAACUAUCGCAUACAAUCUAUCCAGAACAAUACCAAAAACAUCUUACCAGAUGAUGUACUCCCUGGAGGCAAUUCAUGGGGAUGGGCCGUUCUUUUCUUACAACAAUUUGACCCUAUACAAAUGAGAUAUGCCGGUCAGGAAUGGCGGAACCUUGUUCACCUUGUAUCCCAAGCCGCCCUGGCUGUUUCAAAGCCCCUACUAGCAGUCCAAAUCUUGAAAGAUUCUAUACUCAAAAUAGAUCCUCGCUCGCGGGUUUUCACCUCUAUACACCUUGUUUUUGUUAGGCUUUGUUUACUAUCAAAGUCAUACGGUCAUGCGUUACCAGUUCUGGAUAGACAAAUCUAUCUAUUCCCUACAAUCACGGGUCAAGCAUAUCAAAAGCACCAUCGUCAUUUGCCGUGUGCAGUACAUGAAUCUAGCGAUGCGUUUAUCACUGAUAAUGCAGAUUUCUCUUCGAAGCUGACAUACAGAGAUUGUCUCCAAUACCUUCUAUAUGGGUCGAUGGUUUAUAUGGCACUGAAGCAGUGGUCCAAGGCCCAACACUGUUUAAGUAUGGUUAUUGCCUCUCCUGUUACAAACUCAGUCAGCAAAAUCAUGGUGGAAGCAUACAAGAAAUGGAUUAUAGUUAGCCUCCUCGGGCAUGGAAGGCUAACGCCGGAUCCUGGGAUCAUUGCGUCCCAUGUCACGAGAAUCUACCAGUCCUUGACCAAACCGUAUGCAUCCGUUGCUGAAGCAUUCGAGCGUGGUGACUACCGUGGACUCGUUGCUGAGAUUGAGAUCGCCCAGUCCGUGUGGUGCAUGGAUAAUAACUUGGGCCUUGUCUCUCAGGUUAUACGAGCUUUCCCUAGAUUCAUGGUUACAAAGCUAGGGAAAACUUUUUGUGCUCUCACAAUGCGGGAUGUAGCACACCGUGUGUCGGGCUGUUUACCAUCCCAAGGAAUUGAACAGUUUGUGGCUUGCACAAUCAUGUCUAAUAUGUUAGAUGCUGUCUUGUUGCACCCACGAAAUAAUAACGAUCAUACGAUGCUUCGGCUUGCUCAUGGAACAAAGUCCCGCUUACCUCAAGAACGCCGGGUGCAAUGUCAGCUUAUAUUAGCGGACCAGUCGUUUCACGUACUCGCGGACACCGUCAACCAAAGCAACGUCGAACUGGAUCUCGGCAAUGACCAUUUCCAGUUUUUGCAAAAGUCUCAGAGAUGGGUGGACCAUGCUGGAAAGAUUGGCAGGGGUUUCCCUGCAGGCAAUGCCAAUGCUGCUGAUACCGAUGAGGACAUUAUGAGUGAUCUUCAUUGA